AUGACGGAUAUCUUCUCGAUGGUUGACGAGCAAGGCGGGGCAUCCAGCGCGCCCGCAUACGAAGAGUAUGAGCAGGCUCCCACACAGCCACCGACGAACACGGCUGUUAUUCUCGUGACCGACUUACCGAGAUUCGAUUUGGAGCAGUACAUCGGAAACUACUCUGGCCGUAUGAAAGUCACCCGUCUCCUUUUCAUCGGAAACCAUUGCCCCCCCCUCGCCGUCGAAGCCCUAAAAACAGCUAUUUCCAUCGUGAAGGCCGAUCGUGACGUUCGCCUCUAUCGUCAAGCCGUCCAGAGUCUACAAGUUUAUGCAGCAAAUGACCCAGAUGCCAAACUAGAUGAAGAAUGGAUCGAAAAGACUACUCGGGAGGUCAAACAAAAGACUGAUCGUCUGGAGGCUGAGCUGAAAAGUUAUAAAAACAACAUGAUCAAGGAGUCUAUACGCAUUGGUCAUAAGGAUCUAGGAGACCAUUUCUACACCACCGGUGACCUCGCUUCCGCCUACAGAGCCUUCUCUAGGAUGCGUGAUUACUGUACGUCUAACAAACAGAUGUUGGAUAUGACGCUAUCCUGUAUCCUUAUUUGCAUCGACCAAGUCCAAUACACCUCCGUUCAAACCAACGUUGCAAAGAUCCGUAACCACAUCCGCUCGGACGACGACCUCAAGGUCCAUCAGCCUAAAGUCAGUAUCGCCGCCGGUGUGGCCUUCCUCGCCAGCGGGAACUACCUAGACGCUGCAAGAUCCUUCAUCAGCACUAGCCCUGCUGUUGGUAAUGACUACAACACCGUCGCUACCAUGAACGAUAUAGCUAUCUAUGGUGGUUUAACAGCCUUGGCCUCCAUGGACAGAAACAUGCUCAAAACAGAAGUUUUGGAAUCUACAACUUUCCGCACCUUCUUGGAGCUGGAGCCACACAUUCGCCGUGCUCUGACGGCUUUCCAUUCCUCGAGAUAUGGCGAAUGUCUAUCUAUCCUUGAAGCCUACAGAAAUGACUACCUCCUCGACCCCUUCCUUCAAAAACACAUUGAUAAGAUCUAUGAAGCUGUGAGGACGAAGAGUAUCGUUCAAUACUUUAUUCCCUUCUCCUGUGUUACACUAGAUGCUAUGAGCACCGCAUUCGGCGUUCCUAGUGAACAAAUGGAAAAAGAACUCGUCCGACUCAUCGAAAGCGGCAAAUUACACGCUAGAAUUGACACCCAGAACCGACUAGUAACCAGCAAAGAAACCCAGCUAAGGGUGGAAGUGCACAGAGGGACGUUAGCAAUGGCAGAAGAGUACGAGCGGGCCGCAAGACUAAGAAUGCUGCAAAUAAACGUCGUUCGAAGUGGUUUAGAAAUCAAACCUCCAAAGGGACAACUCAGCGGACAAGGACCCAUGGGGCCUGGUUUGGGUGGUAGGGAAUUGAGAAGUAUGAUGUUUGGAAAUGGAGCUUAG